AUGCUCAGCCUCACGAUCUUACUGCGGAACGUGGAGGAACAUGUGUUCAUCUCACUUUUUACAGUAAUCGAUACCUCGAUGAAGGCGUCGCAGGAUUUUGGUUCCACCAAGGACGAAGUCUUGCACUCUGCGUUGAACCUCGCUCUUGGAGGAGAAUUCAUCAAUACAAAGAUCUAUGCGUUCUCUCGUAGAACCACUUCCGGGCUCGUUUACAAACCUCGACCCAUAUAUACCAAUAGCUUGACACUGAAGGCCACGUCGGGGUUUUUCGAUGGACUCUUAUCUGCGGGAUUCUCUGAAAGUCAAACAACUUUCCUUGAUGAUGACGACCAAUACAUAGAACAAAUGUCGACGAACUUAUAUGAGUAUGAUUCCGAUAGCGAUCUUGAAGAUGAGGAGCUUGGAACGAAGAGACUAAUGCCAAUGCUAAAUGUAGCUCCGCCCGAGGAAAAGGAAGCCCGAUACUUCGAAUCGACAAGCCUCGUGCAUCAAAAGCGUAGUUCUCGAACAGCAGCUAUUCCUCACGAUACGAGCUCGAGACCAUGCGGGCGGACUGUCUUCUUGAGAAGUGUGGCGUUCAAGACGCUGAAAGCGUUUGCUUUCUACGCAUUCACUGGCAAACUUGCAUUUGCUCCCCUCAGAUCGCGAGUCUUGCACGAUGGUGUGGGACUGGCUGACCCAUCCGGCAGCGUCAAGGCUUUCCAUCCACCUCUAUGCUCCCCUAAAUCGAUGUAUCGCCUCGCCGAGAUGCUCCAAGACCUUGCCUUGGUCGAGAUUACAAAGAAUUUGACUCCGAAGACAAUUAUGGAUGAGCUAUUUUCUUCCUUUACUUCACAGUAUUUCUUUCAUUUUAAAACUCGGCUGAAUGCCUUCCCUCAUAUUGGCUUUAUUGAAAUUAGGUAUCCUCUCGUAGAGAAAACUGAAUUGGACUAUUUAUUGGGCAGCACUAUCCCAUCAAACAUCAUGCUCGAGUUGUCAGAACUCAUCAUUAAGAUGUCGAAUGGUUCCCAACCACAUGCUUGUCAUGCAUUGGCGGCCCUUAUCGGGAUCUUGGUAAACAACCAUAACACCAUCCGCUCGAACCCGCCGCCUCCAGUCUCAGACUCAGACUGUAGUUCGGCUGCCGUGUACAGGACUACCGAAUUCAUAAAGCGAUAA